CCAACACCCCAGCUCUUUUCCCAGCUCCAUCUUUUCAGACCCUCUACGUUCAUCUAAAACCAUCCUUCUCCCUGCUCCCUUCAUGAAGCCAUGGCUGUACCGAGUGCCAACGAGUUCCACUGGCAGAGCCUGGCACGCUUGUCCAGUGGCCGCGUCUACCACAGUCUAGCUGAGGUGGGGGGGCAGAUGUACAUGCUGGGGGGCUGUGACGCUGCGGGGAGGCCUUGCCCGGCCCUGGAUCUCUAUUCCCCUGAGGGGGACAGGUGGAUGAGCUUACCCCCGAUGCCCACCCCUCGUGCUGGGGCUGCCGUGGCAGUGCUGGGAAAGCAGAUCCUGGUAGUAGGAGGAGUGGGAGAGGGCCAGAGCCCUCUUAAGGUGGUGGAGAUGUACAACACAGAGGAAGGGCGGUGGAGGAAGAGGAGCACGCUGCGAGAAGCGCUGAUGGGCGUAUCCAUCACUGUGAAAGAUGCUCGGGCUCUGGCUGUUGGGGGGAUGAGUGCUGACCUCCUCCCUCGCAGCAUCCUGCAGCAGUAUGACCUCCGAAAGGACGUGUGGGCGCUUCUUCCUCCCAUGCCGACUCCACGCUAUGAUGCUAACACACAUCUACUUGGCAACAAGCUCUACGUCGCAGGUGGCCGACAGUGUAAGCGACCUGUUAAGGCUUUUGAGGUAUAUGACACAGAGACACGGUCUUGGACUUCACUACCCAUCAUGCCUUGCAAACGCACCUAUGGAGGUGUGAUAUGGGACUCUGCUGGGAGGCUGUGUCUGCUGGGCGGACUAAGGCAGGGUGGCGGACACCAGAGCUCCAAGUUCACCAAGAAUGUCAAUAUUUUUGAUACCAACCAAGGCACCUGGCUGAAGUCAGAGGACACGGUGGCUAUGAAAACAAAGAGAGCUGACUUUGCUGCUGCCUUCCUGCGUGGCCGGAUGGUGGUCGCAGGUGGACUUGGUCAUGAGCCUUCAGCUCUGGACACAGUCGAAGCCUUUCAUCCUGAGAGGAAGAAGUGGGAGAGGUUGGCUCCAAUGAACUCCCCGAGAUGCUCCGCCUCUUCUAUCGUCAUCAGAGACCGCCUCCUAGUUGUGGGUGGAGUCAACCAGGUUCCCAGCUCAGCCCAUGAGAUCCUGUAUGUCAAAGAAGAAGAGUAUUUGUAGAUUGAUUUGAGUGACACCAGACGAUGGAUGCUGAUCGGCGAUUCCACUUCCUCCUGUCUGCACAGCCCUCCUGAAUCAGACUGUAGUGCAAUAUUUAGGAUGCAUUGAAAACAGUGAGAUUGAUGGGAGUCUAGCUAGCUUGUGUGAUGCAGCAGGUAACACUGCCCCCUGCUGGACAUUACUGCCACCUGCAUUAGGGAGGAGCUGGCUCUGUCUCUAAGUUCAACUGUUGAUGUGCAACUCUUCUGCAUUGUACGUUGUAGUGCAUACGUGGAGAAGUUAACCAUGUUGUAGCUAUCAUGUCUACUAUUUAGACAAAAAAUAUAUAUGGGAGACCUGUUUUAUUAUAUAUGUAUUUCAUGUUUGCAUCCAUCUUUAUGAUUGAACUACUAAGCUUUUGUAGAUGGCAUGAACUCCACAAAAGGUUUUUAUUUAAUCUAAUAACAUGACUGCAAUAUCUGUAUAUUAUUUAUUAUCAUUUAUCCAUAGGAAGAGUUAAAUGUUUGGUUGAUUAACUGCAGGAACAGAAUUUGCACUAAAGCAGUUAACAGUGAGCAAGAGUUUCACCAUCAGUCAUGUUGUAGUGAUGACGUGUAAAAUGCUGUAGUAUCACUCCUCCGUGGUGUAACAGUCUGCAUAUUUAUUAUGUAAAACACUACAAAUAUCAAAGGACACAGCGUAUUUAAUGGCAGCAUGUGUGUGUUUAGGUUCUUACUAAACUGCUGGGUAGAUGAAGAGCUGGAUCGUGGAUCUUGUCGAACUUCCAGGCUGGUUGUUCCCGUUUUAUUCUGUAGCAAUAGAACGUCUCUGUCAUCGUGCAGCCUUUGUGCAACAUGUGCCGUGCAGUGAUGGUCCUUCCUGAUUCCUUCUCUCAGGUUGUGAUGUUACACAUGUUUGCUGCUCCUGCAGCAGAAGCCUCGUUUCUGUUACGUAACAGUUGAACAACCUGUAGAUUUUUUCUCUUUUUUUAUUGGCUGUGUUGAAGCAUCAUCUUCUGCCAAGUUAGAUUUGACUCUGAAACACGAGCAAUCCCUCUUCUUUCCUUCAACUACUCAUGUCAUGUACUGUUCACAAUAAGACUUGUUAUAUUUAGUGAAAUAAAACUUUGUACCACA